UGUAGACAGUAAAUGAAAAUGAAAGUAUAUCACGUGAUAUUUCUGGUGUAUUUGGUGCAAAAAUUUGAAUAUAGCAACGGAAAACAUGUUCACAUCAAAAUCCACGUACCGCAUAUAAUUCACAAACACAACGAUAAGCAUAAGGUAAUAGUACAUAAAAAACCUCAUGUAGUUGAAGGUGGAAAAAAACAAGUUGUUAUUCAUAAACACAAUCAUGAACACAGCCACAAGCAUGAUCAUAAACAUAUCGAACAGCAUAAACCGGAUCAUUAUGACGAGAAACAUCAUCAAAAAGGGACACAUGACAAGCCAUUCAGUGCACACAAAGCUCUCAUCAUUAAAGACAAUAGUCUUAAUAGCCAGAUUGAAAAGUUAGAUGAUCGGAAAGUACAAAAUACUCUGAAAUCUUCAAACCGUAAUCAAUUAAAAUCGUCCUUAAAAACGGAACAUAUCGAAAUCACUGAAAUAAAUCCACUCGCUACUAAACCUGGAGACAAAAUAAACAUUAGAGGAAGUUACAGGGUGCAAGAAAGUGAUCCUUACGAUGUUACUACAUCGUCAUAUCAUGAGUACAAUUCGCCUUUCACAAAAGAAAUCGCGAAAACAUUGACAAAUUAUAAAGAAUAUUUUGAAGAACCUUAUGAAAAUUAUAAAUUAGAUGAAGAUAAAGAAGAUAAUGAUAUUCAAUUAGACAAUUAUAGAAAUUAUGGAGAGGAGCGUUCGAAACAAGUAAUUUUAUACAAAAGUAAUGAUAAAAAAAGUACCAGUAGUUAUUAA